AGAGGCGACAGCAAAAGGAUAAUGCUGUUCAUUUGCACCCGUCUAGCAUGGAACUAUAUGGUACUGAUACUGCUUUCUAGCAUCAAUUCAAGCUUUGCACCACUACCUCAGCAUGUGUUAGAAAAAAAUGAAGUGGCACCCCCUGUACUUACGAAACUGAAAGAUGCAUUUGAGCCUUUCUUAAGAUUCUUCAGGCCAGUGACAUGCCGUCACAGAGAAGGACAAACCUUAAUUCCUUGUCAUGUAGGAGUGGGCCUUAACACAACUAAAUGCUUGGAAAAUAAAUGUUGUCCUUUCCAAACCAGCUAUGAACCAAUUUGUUAUACGCCAUUUAAAGACAAUAUGCUACUGACAUUUCGACUGAUUGUGCUUGUGGCAGGAGGAUUUGUAAUUAUGGGGUGUCUACCACUCUGUUGCUGUGCCAUUUUGCAGAAAUGCCAAUGUCUCAAUCGUUUACGAUGGGCAAACCGCAGAGUAGAGAAAAUUGUGAAGGGAAGAGCACAUACUGAAGAUGUUCAUGGCCUUUUACAAGAUUGACUUAAGAAAUAAGGACCAUAAGAACAGCAACAAAAAAAAUGUAAGCUAACCUUGGAGUUUUCUUCCAUUCUUUCAGUUUAGGAUUAUUCUAUCAGUUCUGUAUAGAAUACUAAAUGUAUGCACUACUAAAUGCCUGUUGCCUCCCAGUCCAGUAGACUUUAUCAAAAGGCACUGUUUCUCAGGGACCACCUUCAAUUGGU